UGUCCCUCUCCCUUCCGGUCCGGGCCCUGCUGGCUCCUGAGGCGGCCGGACCCCUCCCUGUUAAUUAAGAGGGUCUCUGCCCUGUCCAGUCUGUUUUCUAUUUAGCUACCAAAAUCAUCUCUCCAUGGGUCACUUUCAGCAACAAAGGAGCUAGUGACCUUCCAAGAUGUGGCUGUGGUCUUCACGCAGGAGCAGUGGGUGUGCCUGGACCCUUCUCAGAAGGAGCUGUAUCAGAGUGUGAUGCUGGAGACCUACCAGAACCUGCUCUGCCUGGGGAUCUGAGCUUGGUUGGAAACUUCCACGGCUUCUUCUGCAUCCCAAGACUCCCCUUCCCUUUGGGCAGGACUGACCAUGUGCAAGCCAGAGGUGAUCCACCAGCUGGAGCGAGGGGAAGCUCCGUGGAGGUCAGAGGGGAAAGUCCCAGUGAGCAGCUGUCCAGAUUGGGUAACUAGGCCUGGAGACGAGGAGUCAGCUCCAAAGCUGGACAUUUCUUCGAAGCAGUUGUUCCAGGGCAGACUCCCAAAGGACAGUCCCUGUGCUUCCAGCUUGAGGGAGGCCUGGGACUGUGAUGCCAGAUUAGAGAAACUGCGGAGCAUGGAGGAUGUCAGUGUCACCCAAAGGGAAACUCCCAGUAAAAUGAUGGCUUGUUCAGGUGACAAAUGCGUCCAGAGCAUCUGUUUGGAACCAAAGCAUUUUCUACAACACAGAGUAUCUCUAGAAAAAGGUGCUCCCACGUGUAGUACAAGCAGAGAGAGCUUUUUAUCUUCAGAACCAGGGAAAUGUCAGAUUUCCUCUAGGGAGAUAGUUUCUACAUCUAAAUCAGACUUUAUUGCAUAUCAUAGACUUUAUUCUGGAGAGAAACCUGGUGAGCCUAAUGAAUGUAGGAAAGCCAUCUUCCUAAGCCCAACCAUCAGUUCCCAUCAGAAGAUUCUCACUGGAGAGAAAACUCAUAAAUGUAAUCAGUCUGGGAAGACUUCCUCCAAAACCUUAGAAUUCAAUGAAAUUCAGCAAAUUCACAUAGAAGAGACACCAUCUGAAUAUAGUGAACAUGGAAAACCUUUCAUCUGUAACUUAUCCCUUCCUUCCCAUCAAAAAAUUCACCCUCAGAAGCAAUCUAAUGAUUUUUUGAAGUCCAUCCUACAGAGUUCACAGCUUCACCAGAAAAUUCUUAAUAGAGAAAAGCAUUAUGAAUGUAAUGAAUGUGGGAAGACUUUCAGCCAGAGAGGAUACCUUCCUGGACAUCAGAGAAUUCAUACUGGAGAGAAGCCUUAUGACUGUAAGGAAUGUGGGAAGGCCUUUAGCCAGAAAGGACAUCUUACUGUGCAUCAGACAAUUCAUACUGGGGAAAAACCUUAUGAAUGUAAUGACUGUGGGAAGGUAUUUCGCCUCAGAGUUCUACUCACUAAACAUCGGACAAUCCAUACUGGAGAAAAAGAUUAUGAAUGUAAUGAAUGUGGGAAGGCCUUCCACCUGCGAGAGCAGCUUACUCGACAUCAGGGUAUUCAUACUGGAGAGAAGCCUUAUAAAUGUAAAGAAUGUGGGAAGGCCUUCUACUUGAGCACAGAGCUUACUCGACAUCAGAGGAUUCACACUGGAGAGAAGCCUUAUGAAUGUAAGGAAUGUGGGAAGUCCUUCCACUUGAAUACAGAUCUCAUUGGACAUCAAAGGAUUCACACUGGAGAGAAACCUUAUGAAUGUAAGGAAUGUGGGAAGGCCUUCCAUCUGAGAGCACACCUUUCUCGUCAUCAAAGUAUCCAUACAGGAGAGAGACCUUAUGAGUGUAAUGAAUGUGGGAAGGCCUUCCACCUGAGCUCAGAUCUUAUUCGACAUCAGAGGAUUCAUACUGGAGAGAAACCUUAUGAAUGUAAGGAAUGUGGGAAGGCUUUCCUACUGAGCACAUAUCUUACUCGACAUCAGAGGAUUCAUACUGGAGAGAAACCUUAUGAAUGUAAUAAAUGUGGGAAGGCCUUCCACCAGAGAGAAUACCUUACUAGACAUCAAAGAGUUCAUACUGGGGAGAAACCUCAUAAAUGUAAUCAAUGUGGGAUGGCCUUUAGCCAAAGAAGCCAUCUUACUCGACAUCAGAAGAUUCAUACUGGGAAGAAACCUUAUGAAUGUAAUGACUGUGGGAAGGUAUUUCGCCUGAGAGGACUUCUUACUAAACAUCAGAUAAUUCAUACUGGAGGAAAAUCCUUAUGAAUGUAAUGAAUGUGGGAGGACCUUCAGCCUGAAAGGACACUUAAUUCGUCAGAGUAACAAAAGGCGUCCCUUCAUUGUAAACUGACCUACCUAGGACAGCUAUAUUAUGGAGAUAAGGAAUAAAGUCACUAAAUCACUG